UUUACCUGGAGCUCGGCUGUCAUAUACGUAUACACACAAUUAUUCAAGUAUUGGUAAAUUGUACCUGUUAAUUGUGUUAGAACAGGUAGAAAUUUUACAGGUAUGUAACGACUGUGGACAACUUUUAAAUGGUGUUUCACCAGAGCGGAGUUUACUGCAGCUAACACAUGUUUACAGCUACCCUCCGGCGAGGGGAACUUGUUACGUUACAUACCAUACAGCCACUAAUAUAUUCUAUAUUGAUUUAAAAUAUUCAACAGCGGAGAAAGUGUUGGUGAUAUAUGCUUGUUGAAAGAAAAUUUUAUACCUGGAGUCUACCUGGAUAGUGGACAACUUAAACAGGGAUCUGCGAUGGCCCCUAUUACGUGACGAUUGAAGUGUGAUCCGGACGCCGUAAUACCAAACAGAGUCUGAUGAUGGAGACUCUAAAGGAAAUACAGGAUCAAUUCCUAAAAUGUCCCGUCUGUUUACAGAACUACACAUCUCCGAAACUUCUUCCGUGCCUCCAUACAUUUUGUCGUCAAUGCCUCGUGGAAGUGCUGAAGAAAUCCAUUGGGGAUGACAAUGGUAGUUCAACAGAGAGCGAUUCCGAAACUGAAAAACCUGCCCCACACGGAAAACAUUUCAAUUGCCCGGUUUGUCGGGCUGAUAUAGAGUUGAAUGUUCCUAACGGAAAUUCUAACUUCGCACAAUGGACCGAUAUGUUUCCGGAUAAUCACUUCGUAAGUAGUUUGAUGGAAAAAAUCGACAUGCAAGCGACAGAUAAAUAUUGUGAGAGUUGUUGUCGAGACGGAAACAGAAUUGGGGCCAAAGCCGAAAAUUGGUGUCAGACGUGUAAAGUGGUUUUCUGUGAUUCUUGUAUAAAAGCACACAACGUCAUCAAAGCUUGCCGAGAGCAUAUUGUGGUUUCCCUCAGAGACAUGCGUAAUGAUCCACUUGAGUCCAUCCGGUCAAAUAAAAAAGAAAUUCCAUGUUUUCAUCACAGAGACAAGGUUAUUGAAUACUACUGUGUCGAUUGUCACGUGACUAUCUGUUCGUCGUGCGUUGCUGUGCAACACAGACGAUGUGAAAUGGUAGAAACCUUGGUUGAUGCAGCACAAAAGUUAAAACCGGAAACGGAAUAUGUACAAAGAAAUCUCCAGAUGCAGAACGAGGUUUUACGAGAAUGGCGUGAAGAGCACGAGAAGGAACUCGGCGAACUCUCAACCAACAAAGAAAUGAUCAUGAAAGAAAUGUCGACGAUAAGGAAAAGGGUUAAUGAAGCAUUAGAGAAUUUAGAAAACAAGCUCAUUGUUGACCUUGAUCAGAAGAAUAUGCAGACAGCAACUGUUGUGAAGGGCAGAAUGAACGAGAUCGAUGAAAUGAAGAAAAAUGUCAACAACACAGGAACUUUUCUCAAAAAUCUAAUCCAAUUUGGUAGUGAUUCGGAGCUUCUCACUGUUUUUGAUGCCAUCAAGCUCCAAGUAGAUGAUAUGCGCGCCAACAUUCAGAAAUCCCGUUUGAGCAAAUUGAGCACUCGGCAUAGACUUAUCCCGGACUCAAGCGUACAGAGAUUGCUUGAGUUACACUCUAUUGGGAAGAUCGUGGAUUUAGUGGAUUUGAAGAAGGAAACUUUUCUCAACAUGAACGGGUUGUCAGAGAAAGAAGGACAACCUCCUCAGAGACGGUCGUCAAUCAAGCGUACAGGAACGUUUCGCGUUGAACGGUCUCCAACUCAAUCUCCAGCUUCCACGAUGAUGAGCUCAUCAACAUCCUCAGUCUCGUCGACAUCAAGUGAAUCCAUAGGAUCACAGGAAAUAUUGACACCGCCAGUACGCGCGCGUCGAGGAUCGUCAUCGAGGCCGUCAUCUGCACGCGACACACCAAUACCAAGGCCGUCCUCAAGACCGACUUCAGCGCGUGAUUCUCCAAGAGUAGCGGUAUCUAGGACGACUCCUGUCAAGUCAAACACGCUUCCACGUGCUCCGCGAACUCCAAGGACUGAGCGGUCUCAAAAGAUGGCGGAUGUUAACAGAGUAAAUUCUCUUCCCCGGAACAGAAGCAGCACAUCAAACGUCUCCAAUAGAAAGAACCCCGAAACCGAAAACUCCGAAAAUGCAAAUACUCCUCCUCAAACGAAAUCUCGCACGGUUCCGAUGCUUUUCUCGUUCAACGGGAAGACAGAUGGCGACGCUAAGAAAUGUUGGCCUCUUGACGUCACAAUGCUCGAGGACGGUACUCCCGUCAUUACCGACUUCCACAACAAAAAGGUCAAAGCCUUUGACGCAACCGGGAACGUGAUGGGAGAGGUGGCGGUCCCGAGCUGGCCACACGGAAUUGUGGACGUCGCUAGCGCUGAAGUGGUUGUGACACUUCCGGAACUAGCCACAAUCAUGUUUGUAUCGGUACAGGACAACAACAUGCGGAUCCGCAAACGCGUCAGAACGGUAAAACAGUACCGCGGAAUAAGCUGUGACGUCACAACAUCGCCAAAUGACCCUGUUCUGGUUGUUUCGUGUUGCGCCUCUGGCAUUCAAUGUGUUGAUGUUCUCGCUCUAGACGGGACUGUUUUACAGACGUAUCGAGAGGACAGACGACAACCGGGAAAACUUCUCUUCACUUGGCCGUAUUACGUCACAACUAACGCGGCGGGCGAGAUUCUCGUCUCGGAUUGCCAGUCUCGGAAUGGGAUCAUCUGUAUCUGCCGUGACGGUGGAGUAAAGUUCGAACAAGUCCUCCCCGAUAACAUCGUGUGCGACCCACGUGGAAUAUGCACUGACCGGCAAGGGAACCUGUUCCUGGCAGACAAGACCGGUAACUCUGUCCACGCUCUCGGCCCGGACGGAGAAUACAAGAGCAGAGUUCUCUGUUCCGCGGACGGACUGAUUCAUCCGAUUGCGGUCUGUCUCAGUCCAUUUGGACAUCUCAUUAUAACGCAAGAGAACGGUGACGUCAAGGUUUUUAAAUACAGUUGAUUUCGAAUUACGUCAUAGAUGAGGUCAUAGACGACGUAACAAAUGAGUAUACGUGUGUUUGUGCCUACAAGUAAUGAAAGUAACGUCGAAAUGUUCGUUAAAAAUGCGUAUCGUAUACACAUACCUAUGUUUUUACGGUAAUUAGGGAUACUUCGGGUCGAAUUAAGAAUUUUCUGGAUUUAACGCUCGAAGAACUUUGGUUUAUCUUGAGAGUAAAAACUGCCUUAUUAAUUUAGAAAUUAUAACUUUUACUAUUUGAAAAAAACACAUACUUUCCAGUAAGUUUAAUUUUGACGACCUAAACUAAACGAAGGAAUGUUCCUUUAAUACAUAUGGUACAAGGUACAUAUGUAUGGGCUGUUCAUUGGGGAUUGUGACAAGAAUCUGUUGAUUGUAUCUUUUGGUAAAGUAGAAGAUGUACAUGCUCGCUUAGGUUCUUUAACAAUAGAAAAAUAUAAAUGCAAAUAUUAGUGUAAAUAAUACCAGGAACGAUAACUCUAAGACGAGAUUGACAUGCGUCACGUGUUCUGUGACGAUUUUCUUGUUUGCGUUUUGAAUAUCAUUAUUGGUGAAAACGUCAUAUCAUUUUUACACUUACUACACUAUACAUAUGUACUGAAAUACAUCAAUAUACACACACUGAAGACAAUACUAGAUUAUAUUCGUAGCAUUGUCGUUUUAAUUUGCCAUUUUUUGUGUCUCAAACCUAAAGUUGUCUCAUUUUAAACUCCAUCAAGCCCUGCAGCAUUUCAUUUCGAUUUUAUCUAAGAAACCAAUAUGGUUUCUCUGUCACCGUUUCAGUAACAUAGAUCUUCGUGUCUGCUGUACUGAACCUUUCCGAUUUAACAGAAACCUGUACGGGUAGCACGCUAGGUCCACUUUCUAUUUAGAACACACUCAGAAUACCGGAAACUCGGCAUUCCGGACGACUCUCAGUACACCUGAAACUCGGCAUUCCGGACGACUCUCAGUACACCGGAAACUCGGUAUUCCGGACGACUCUCAGUACACCGGAAACUCGGUAUUUCGGACUACCCUUAAUACACCGGAAACUCGACAUUCUGGACUACUCUCAGUACACCGGAAACUCGGUAUUUCGGACUACUCUCAGUACACCGGAAACUCGGUAUUUCGGACUACUCUCAGUACACCGGAAACUCGGUAUUCUGGACUACCCUUAAUACACCGGAAACUCGGUAUUCUGGACUAUACCUGUAUCUCGAUAUUACAGACUUUUUGUCUCAGUACACCGGAAACUUUUUGGCGGUAACUCCUAUCCCACCAAACUGGAAAUUUAGUAAUAUAGACUACAUGUCACUUAUACACCAGUAUCUCUGGACUUGUACACCGAUCACGACUCGGUUUCUUUCAAAGAGUAUCGACAUGUUGACAAAUCCGUAUAAUAUGAUUUAAAGUUUGUUAUUAAUUUGUUGUAUUUGUUAGAGAGAGAGAGGAUCAUCGUAUUUCCAUACCAAUACUUUAUUAUUUCAAUUUUAUUACUCAAAUCAACGAUAUACUGUUUAUAUUUCCUGUGUAUUAUACUAGGAAACAAAACUUGUUUACAUGUAUAUAUCGAUAUAGGUAUAAGGGAGUGUAUAGUGAUAACAAUAUCAAUGUUAAAAAUGUAUGAAACGGGAUGCUGUAGGUUUUUAGUAAUAUUCCAAUAACAAUAUUUAUUUAUUAAUUGUUUUAGAGUUUAAUAUAAAUAAAAAUGCAUAAUGAAAUUG